AUCUCCGGCAGGAGGACAGAGAGAACCCCUGCGAGGCAAACCUUCCCCAAAGCGUGGGGUCCGCGGGAGACCGGGAUGGCGCCACUGGGCCUGGCACGCUGGCUGCUGUCGGCCGCCCUCUUCUCCCUGCUGGGCGGGAGCAUGGCCUUCCUGUCCCAUCACCGACUGAAGGGCCGCUUCCAGAGGGACCGCCGGAAUAUCCGGCCCAACAUCGUGCUGGUGCUGACCGAUGACCAGGACGUGGAGCUGGGUUCCAUGCAGGUAAUGAACAAGACGAGGCGGAUCAUGGAGCAGGGGGGCGCGCACUUCGUGAACGCCUUCGUGACCACGCCCAUGUGCUGCCCAUCCCGCUCCUCCAUCCUCACCGGCAAGUACGUGCACAACCACAACACCUACACCAACAACGAGAACUGCUCCUCGCCGUCCUGGCAGGCACAGCAUGAGGGCCGCACGUUCGCCGUGUACCUCAACAACACCGGCUACCGCACGGCCUUCUUCGGGAAAUACCUCAAUGAGUACAACGGCUCCUAUGUGCCGCCUGGCUGGAAGUCAUGGGUCGGCCUCCUUAAAAACUCUCGCUUCUACAACUACUCGCUGUGCCGGAACGGGGUGAAGGAGAAACACGGCUUCGACUACUCCAAGGAUUACCUCACAGACCUCAUCACCAACGACAGCGUGAGCUUCUUCCGUGCCUCCAAGAAGAUGUACCCGCACCGGCCCGUCCUCCUGGUCAUCAGCCACGCUGCCCCCCACGGCCCCGAGGACUCCGCGCCCCAGUACUCACACCUCUUCCCCAACGCGUCCCAGCACAUCACGCCCAGCUACAACUACGCACCCAACCCGGACAAGCACUGGAUCAUGCGCUACACGGGGCCCAUGAAGCCCAUCCACAUGGAGUUCACCAACAUGCUUCAGCGCAAGCGUCUGCAGACGCUCUUGUCAGUGGAUGACUCCAUGGAGAUGAUUUACAACAUGCUGGUGGAGACGGGCGAGCUGGACAACACCUACAUCGUGUACACCGCCGACCACGGCUACCACAUCGGCCAGUUUGGCCUGGUGAAGGGCAAGUCCAUGCCCUAUGAGUUCGACAUCAGGGUCCCAUUCUACAUACGGGGCCCCAAUGUGGAGGCCGGCUCUGUGAACCCCCACAUCGUCCUCAACAUUGACCUGGCCCCCACCAUCCUGGAGAUUGCCGGCCUGGACAUCCCCGCAGACAUGGAUGGAAAGUCCAUCCUGAAACUGCUGGACACGGAGCGGCCAGGGAACAGGUUCCACUUGAAAAAGAAGCUGCGGGUCUGGCGGGACUCCUUCCUGGUCGAGAGAGGCAAGCUGCUGCACAGGAGGGAUGGGGACAAGGUGGACGCGCAAGAGGAGAACUUCCUGCCCAAGUACCAGCGGGUGAAGGACCUGUGCCAGCGCGCCGAGUACCAGACGGCCUGCGAGCAGCUGGGGCAGAAGUGGCAAUGCGUGGAGGAUGCCUCGGGGAGACUAAAGCUGCACAAGUGUAAGGGUCCUGUGAGGCUGGGCGGCGGCAGCGCCCUCUCCAACGUGGUGCCCAAGUACUACGGGCCGAGCAGUGAGGCGUGCACGUGUGACAGCGGGGAGGACCAGCUGGGCCUGGCCGGACGUCGGAAGAAGUUCUUCAAGAAGAAGUACAAGGCCAGCUACACCCGGAAUCGCUCCAUCCGCUCGGUGGCCAUCGAGGUGGGAGGCACGGUGUACCACGUGGGCAUGGAUGACGCGCUUCCGCCCCGCAACCUGACCAAGCGGCACUGGCCAGCCGCUCCGGAGGACCAAGAGGACAAGGAUGCUGGGAGCUUCAGUGGCACUGGAGGCCUCCCAGACUACACAGCCCCCAACCCCAUUAAAGUGACCCAUCGGUGCUACAUCCUUGAGAACGACACGGUCCAGUGCGACCUGGACCUGUACAAGUCCCUGCAGGCCUGGAAAGACCACAAGCUGCACAUCGACCACGAGAUCGAGACCCUGCAAAACAAAAUCAAGAACCUGAGGGAAGUCCGCGGUCACCUGAAGAGGAAGCGGCCGGAAGAGUGCGACUGCCACAGGAUCAGUUACCACGCUCAGCACAAAGGCCGCCUCAAGCACAAAGGCUCCAGCCUGCAUCCUUUCCGGAAGGGGCUGCAGGAGAAGGACAAGGUGUGGCUGCUACGGGAGCAGAAGCGGAAGAAGAAGUUGCGCAAGCUGCUGAAGCGGCUGCGGAACAAUGACACCUGCAGCAUGCCGGGCCUCACGUGCUUCACACACGACAACCAGCACUGGCAGACCGCACCCCUCUGGACCCUGGGGCCUUUCUGCGCAUGCACCAGCGCCAAUAACAACACCUACUGGUGCCUGAGGACCAUCAACGAGACCCACAACUUCCUCUUCUGUGAGUUCGCAACCGGCUUCCUGGAGUACUUCGACCUCAACACUGACCCCUACCAGCUGAUGAAUGCGGUGGACACGCUGGACAGGGGAGUCCUCAAUCAGCUGCACGUGCAGCUCAUGGAGCUGCGGAGCUGCAAGGGGUACAAGCAAUGCAACCCCCGGACCCGGAGCAUGGACCUCGGACUUAAAGAUGGAGGAAGCUACGAGCAGUACAGGCAGUUUCAGCGUCGAAAAUGGCCAGAAAUGAAGAGACCUUCUUCCAAGUCACUGGGACAACUGUGGGAAGGCUGGGAAGGCUAAGAAGCAAAGAGAUGGACCUCCAAGACCAGAGGCCUUACCUAACUGGACAGGCCAUGAAACCCAUGCAAUUCGCAGCAGACCUGGGCUUGAGGCCCCAAGGCCUGAGAGACAGCCUGCUUCAGUCAGUGUGGGAAUCCUGGAGGACCACUGUCAGGAGCAGAGACUUCAGGAAGUCCAUUCUGCCUGGGCUUUGCUUUGGAUUAUACCUCAGCAGCUGCACAAUGAAUUUUCAUAUCAAAGUCACCACUAGCCCUCUCUGCAAGGCUCAUAGGGAAAAAGAACAGAGAGAGAUGUUCAGUGAGGCUUCCGCCAGGGGGUGAAAAGUCAUGGAAUCAAAUCCUAGGGCAAGACAGCCCUGCUCAACUCAUCCCCCUGUUGUAUUUUGUCACAAGAAAAGGAACUGAAAAGCAGAUGGGCAGCUCACAGAUGCUGAAAGCAGCAUGUGGAGCUUGGUGAUGAAUGAAGAGCACAAGAAAAGUGACAUUUACCUAGUCCCAAUGCCCUGGCUGCCUCCAAGGAAGCUGCCUUCACUGUAUAUAUGUGACUACUUACAUGGGACCAACAUGGGAUUUCCUACUAGAUCCCCUAACAGUUCCCAAGUUCCCAGACAGGUGGUGUCAGUCUGAGUGCUCUGUGCCAAGGUGGGGGGAAGACCCUGGUGCUGUGCACACCCUGUUCCUGCGGACACCACCCGGCACUCAUCCUGUGUCCAGCCCAGAACUGACAUUUUUGUAAGGUACUGGAAGGAAACCAAGUCGAUGUAUGUCCCACGUUUUAAUGACAUUGUAUUUGUAAAUCAAUUUUGUAGUGUAAGUACUGUCGUAUGAUGUUCAGAAUCCCAGCCGAUGACCAGCCGUCGGUAUGAAGAAAAACUGGGAUUUUGUAAAAGGCCAUUCUUGGGA